CGUUCGGUGAAGAACAAAAAAUUUGAGCACAUUUAAAAUAAAAAUAUUUAAAUUUCACAAAAAUCAAAUUGAAUUUACACUGCAAAGAGAAUUUUUUGCUGCCAAAAAUAUAGAUUCAACGAGAGAAGAAUCAAAGUGUUUUUUUUUUUGCUCGGAACAUUCGCAAAGAAUCAAUUGAAUACUAGCUUAAGCGAUAAAGUAAACAAAAUCGGUGAUGAUGUCGAAACGUGAACGAAUUGAUACACGUAUUCCAAUUUUAAAUGGUGUACCACCACUUCCAAGACCAUUGGUCGCUUUACUCGAUGGCCGUGAUUGUGCCAUUGAAAUGCCAAUUUUGAAAGAUGUUGCAACGGUUGCAUUUUGUGAUGCACAAAGCACGACGGAAAUUCAUGAAAAAGUGUUGAACGAAGCAACCGGUGCUUUAAUGUGGCAUACAAUAACAUUGACAAGAGAAGAUUUGGAAAAAUUCAAGGCACUCCGUAUCAUUGUGCGCGUCGGAAGUGGGACCGACAACAUAGAUAUAAAAGCGGCCGGUGAACUUGGCAUUGCUGUUUGUAAUGUACCUGGAUUUGGUGUUGAAGAAGUGGCUGAUACGACAUUGUGUCUCAUUUUGAAUUUAUAUCGUCGAACGUAUUGGUUGGCAAACAUGGUGCGUGAUGGCAAGAAAUUCACUAGUCCGGAUCAAGUUCGAGAGGCUGCACAGGGUUGUACUAGAAUUCGAGGCGAUACUCUUGGCUUAGUUGGCUUGGGAAGAAUUGGAAGUGCAGUCGCUUUACGUGCCAAGGGUUUUGGCUUAAAUGUUAUCUUUUACGAUCCAUAUCUACCUGAUGGCAUUGAAAGAUCCCUUGGCAUCACGCGGGUAUACACAUUGCAAGAUUUGCUGUUUCAAUCAGACUGUGUUUCGCUUAAUUGUACAUUGAACGAGCACAAUCACCAUCUUAUUAAUGAAGCAACGAUUAAACAGAUGCGACCUGGUGCAUUCUUAGUCAAUACGGCCAGAGGAGCACUAGUUGAAGAAGAAGCUUUGGCGUCGGCUUUAAAACAAGGACGGAUAAGAGCAGCGGCAAUCGAUGUCCAUGACAAUGAACCGUAUAAUGUAUUUCAAGGUCCACUUAAAGAUGCACCAAAUUUGAUUUGUACACCACAUGCCGCAUUUUACAGCGAAGCAUCGGCCACUGAACUACGUGAAAUGGCUGCCAAUGAAAUGCGACGCGCCAUUAUUGGUCAUUUUCCGGAUAGCCUACGUAACUGUGUUAAUAAGGAAUAUUUACAUCGAACACCACCGUCAUUGCCAUCGGUAUACAAGGACGGUUUGAAUGGUAGUAGUGGAUAUUAUUCAGGUGGUGCAUUGCAACCGGCCCAUAGCACGACACCACAUGCAUCAGCAUCGAUAUCACCAUCACCAGUCGGACCAUCGCUUUUGGCUAUUUCUGAUAUGAAGGCUGGACUACCGACACAUGGAAUCAGGAUCAAAUCUCCACGGGGCACACCAGAGAAAGGUGAACCAUCUGACAUGCACUAAUGAUCAUUGAACCGCUUCCACCUAAACCGUUCAACAAAUCGAUUUUACAACAAAAUCAACUCAACACAUUCAUCAAAACAAUUAAACACAUUUUUAUUCCAAAACUCAUACCCGA